GGCGCGCGGCCGGCGGCGGUUGGCGGCGUGUGGGGCCGGCUGGCGGUUGCCGGGAGCCGGAGCAGGGCUCAGGCAGCUAGAGCCGGCGCCAUGGUGGAGAAGGAGGAGGCGGGCGGCGGUAUCAGCGAGGAGGAGGCGGCGCAGUAUGACCGGCAGAUCCGUCUUUGGGGAUUGGAGGCCCAGAAACGGCUGCGGGCCUCUCGGGUGCUUCUUGUCGGCAUGAAGGGACUCGGGGCUGAAAUCGCCAAGAAUCUCAUCCUGGCUGGAGUGAAAGGACUGACCAUGCUGGAUCACGAGCAGGUAUCUCCAGAAGACCCCGGAGCCCCGUUCUUGAUCCGUACUGGGUCUGUUGGCCGAAACAGGGCUGAAGCCUCUUUGGAGCGAGCACAGAAUCUCAACCCCAUGGUGGAUGUGAAGGUGGACACUGAGAAUAUAGAAAAGAAACCCGAGUCGUUUUUCGCCCAAUUUGAUGCUGUAUGUCUGACUUGCUGCUCCAGGGACGUCAUAGUGAAAGUUGACCAGAUCUGUCACAAAAAUAGCAUCAAGUUCUUUACGGGCGAUGUUUUUGGCUACCAUGGAUACACGUUUGCCAAUCUUGGAGAGCAUGAAUUUGUAGAGGAGAAAACCAAAGUUGCCAAAGUCAGUCAAGGAGUAGAAGAUGGACCUGAUACCAAGAGAGCCAAACUUGAUUCAUCUGAGACAACCAUGGUUAAGAAGAAGGUGGUCUUCUGCUCCAUCAAAGAGGUGCUGGAAGUGGACUGGAGCAGCGAUAAAGCAGCCCUGAAGCGCACAACUCCGGAUUACUUCCUCCUUCAAGUGCUCCUGAAGUUUCGCACAGAUAAAGGAAGAGAUCCUAGUUCUGAUACCUUUGGGGAAGAUUCUGAGUUAUUGCUCCAGAUACGAAACGAUGUGCUUGAUGCCCUGGGUGUCAAUCCUGACCUGCUUCCUGAAGACUUUGUCAGGUACUGCUUCUCUGAGAUGGCCCCAGUGUGUGCAGUUGUUGGAGGGAUCCUGGCCCAGGAAAUUGUGAAGGCCCUGUCUCAGAGGGACCCCCCUCACAACAACUUCUUCUUCUUCGAUGGCAUGAAGGGGAAUGGGAUUGUGGAGUGCCUGGGCCCCAAGUGAACCCGAGACUCCGCGGCCCCAGAGAUGCUGACCGCACGGUGCCCUUGUGCAAUGGAUCCCCUCCCCUCCCCCAUGAAGGCCUCUCCACGCGAGGGAAAAACCAAGUCACUGAACCAGUACCAACCAUUUCCUGCGAGCCGCGAGGCUGUGAAGCACCAGUGGCUGCUAAGCAAGGGCCUGGGUCCUGAUGGUCUCCUCCCAGCUCUCCUGCAUGGUCAGUUCCUGAAAGUCCCCAGCCAGGAACCAGCACACUUUGUUGCCUAGGAGCCUCUUGCCACCUUCUUGUCCUCAGUCCCCACCUGAUGUCACACAGCGAGGAGCGUGACUUCAGGUGGGGAAUAACUCCCGGAGCCAUGAAACCACACAGCGGAACCACAGUUUCAAGUGCAGACAGGUGCCCUUAGAGAGCCAAAAACAUGGCGGGCGGAGUGUGUGUCCACCAAAGUCUGAAGCUCUGAGAAGCAACAGGCGGCAUCGGUGUGCUGCUCUUGAGUUUAGUCUAGGAUUAGUUGAGUUUCCAGCCUGGAUUUUGAAAGAGAGGAAGUAUUACCAAAUCUUUUUGGGUAUUAGGGUGAGGCCUUGCCAGUGGAAUAUUAAUGGGAAUGCUUGUUUUAAAAGGCAGAUUCCCGGGUCCCACCCCUGGGGAGCCUGACUCUUUGGCUUUGAGGUGGGACAGGGAGCCGGCCUGUCUUCCAGCAGAGCCCCUCACAGAUGCAGGCGAUCGCGCUGCAGGCUGUCGCAUUGAAGGGCUAUGUCGGUCCUUCUUGUUACCCCCCUGAAUCGCAGCUGUUUGUGUGUUUUUUAUAUAUUCUAUGUUUCUUUGGUUCUUCAAAAAGGAAUGAUAGAAAUAAAGUUAUUUGCUUUAA